CAUUCACGGCCGCUGCGCGCCCAGAAUAGCCCGCUGGGCUGAAAAAAGCCGGAGCGCCGGGAGGAGGAAGUGACAUGCUCUCCUCCACUACUCACUGCUGGAGAUUAGCGCAGGCAGGCAGCUGUAAUCUGCUUCAGCACCGCGGCCACAGACGCCGCCUGGCCAUGAAUCCUCCCCAAAGUUCCCUGCAAGGGAACCGCCGCGGACCCAAACCUCAUUAAAACAAGUUCGUGUGGAUCCGGAAGCAAAAGUUCGGCUGGAAAUGUAUUUAUGAUUAUUAGAAACCAGAAAAUCCCGGGACAGCUGCCUCAGAUUUGGGAACUUGAAGGAAUCUGAUGAUCAGGUGAAUAAAAGCGGAUUUUUUAAAGGAAGCAGAGGAGACAGCUGUGCGCUCGGAACCGGACCGGACCGGACCGUGAGGAUGGAGAUCCGACCGGACAGGUUCAAAGCUGUGGCAGCGAAGACUCUGGGGAAGAUUUACGGGGCGCUAGAGAAGAAGCAGGAAAAUGGCGAAACCAUCGAGCUGUCGGCGGAGGGCCGGCCGGAGCUGGUGCAGGAGAAGGAGAUGCCGGUGGUGGACUGCACCUGCUUCGGCCUGCCCCGCCGCUACAUCAUCGCCAUCCUGUCCGGGAUCGGCUUCUGCAUCUCGUUCGGCAUCAGGUGCAACCUGGGCGUGGCCAUCGUUAGCAUGGUCAACAGCCACACCGUCUUCAGGGACAACAAGGAGGUCAUCGUGAAAGCUCAGUUCAGCUGGGAUCCAGAGACGGUGGGGAUGAUCCACGGCUCCUUCUUCUGGGGUUACAUCGUCACCCAGAUCCCCGGAGGUUUCAUCUGUCAGAAGUUCGCAGCGAACAGGGUGUUUGGCUUCGCCGUCGUCGCCACUUCCUGCCUGAACAUGCUGAUCCCCACGGCGGCGCGGAUGCACUUCGGCUGCGUCAUCAUCGUGAGGAUCUGUCAGGGCCUGGUGGAGGGCGUCUCCUACCCGGCCUGCCACGGCAUCUGGGCCAAAUGGGCCCCGCCGCUGGAGCGCAGCCGCCUGGCCACGACGGCCUUCUGUGGCUCUUAUGCGGGCGCAGUGAUCGCCAUGCCGCUAGCCGGAAUCCUGGUCCAGUACUCAGGAUGGUCCUCCGUCUUCUACGUCUACGGGAGCUUCGGGGUCAUGUGGUACUGCUUCUGGAUCCUGGUUUCGUACGAGAGUCCGGCGGCUCACCCGACCAUCACGGAGGAGGAGCGGACGUACAUCGAGGAGAGCAUCGGCGAGUCGGCGCAGCACGCCGUGACGAAGUUCAACACUCCGUGGAAAUCGUUCUUCACCUCCAUGCCGGUCUACGCCAUCAUAGUGGCCAAUUUCUGCCGCAGCUGGACCUUCUACCUGCUGCUCAUCAGCCAGCCCGCCUACUUUGAGGAAGUGUUUGGCUUCGAAAUCAGCAAGGUGGGGAUCCUUUCUGCUCUGCCUCACCUGGUGAUGACCAUCAUCGUUCCCAUCGGAGGCCAAAUCGCCGACUACCUGCGCUCCAAUCAGAUCAUGACCACCACAAACGUCAGGAAGAUCAUGAACUGUGGAGGGUUCGGGAUGGAGGCCACCCUCCUGCUGGUGGUCGGCUUCUCGCACACGAAGGGCGUCGCCAUCACCUUCCUGGUUCUGGCGGUGGGAUUCUCCGGGUUCGCCAUUUCAGGUUUUAACGUCAACCACCUGGACAUCGCGCCGCGGUACGCCAGCAUCCUCAUGGGGAUCUCCAACGGCGUGGGCACGCUGUCCGGCAUGGUCUGCCCGCUGAUCGUUGGCGCCAUGACCAAGAACAAGACGCGGGAGGAGUGGCAGGGUGUGUUUCUGAUCGCCUCACUCGUUCAUUAUGGCGGGGUUAUAUUUUAUGGUAUUUUUGCCUCUGGGGAGAAGCAGCCGUGGGCCGAGCCGGAGGAGCUGAGCGUGGAGAAGUGCGGCAUCCUGGACGAGGACGAGCUCGCCAACGAGACGGAGGAACUGUACCGCUCCAGCGGAGGAGCCGGCUACGGCGCCACCACCCAGGGCUCCGACCCCAACGGAGGCGGCGGCGGCGGCUGGGUCUCCGACUGGGACAGGACCGAGGAGUACGUCCAGCCGGCCGGGACCAACAGCUACGCUUACGGAGGCGAGCCGGGGUUCACAUAGACGCAGCCAGAGGAACAGAAACGGCUCGGCAGCAACGUGGAAACUCUGAAGGAACUAAAACAGCAACCGGGCUUUUCAGGAAGCCCGACCUUUGAACUUUAAAGACAUUUAAAGUGAGGAUGGUAGUUAAAUGUGUGUCUGUGUGACUGCAGCUAGGAAUCAGAAGCCUUUUUGCAAACUUUCACUGGAAUCAGGCUUGUUGCUAAGACGAGGCGUCCAUCUUUAAUGGCGGGUCUGUUUUCCAUCAUGACUUGGUUUUUAUUGGUUUGAUGCUCAUUUAGAUCUGGGUCAUUGUAGCCUGGAUGUUUAUCCACUGAAACAUCACAGCCACACAGAUCAGUGUUGAAACAGACGGAUCUAAAGGCCUGGGCUGAUUUUCCUGGAUAAAUGAAUAUGAAUUAUGGUUAAAAACACGAGGCAAGACUUUUGUUACACCUUGGAAAAUGUAGCAAUCCGUCACAUCGUUGCACUGAAACUCACAUCACCACGAAAAGCAAGAGAGUUUAAUUGACCUAACAUGCAUUUUUCAGUCUGGAAGGAAGCCAGGAUCAGUCUACGUGUUCAAAUGGAAACUGGUCAUAAAAACACAUCAGAUCUUUAGGAAAUGAAGACAACGGCGCCUUCAUUUCGGUUUCUCCCCAGUUCCUAUUGAUACCAACAUUUCUUAUUUUUUUUAUCUAUAUGAAAAUUCGUCCCACGGCUCCAUUUCAUACAUGAAGUAUUUCAAAACAAAACAACUGAAACUGACAAACUUUAUGAUCGAUUCUUUGGUCAGAUUGUUAUUGUUAUGCUAAGCUAGCUUUGGCUAAUUAGCAGGUGAAAGGCUAACUUUAGCUUAAGUGACCGAACUCAUUUUCCACUGUAAAACUAAAGUCAUUAUCACCAACAUGAUUUUGCCGUUUUGGGCAUCAAAUUAAAAUGUUUUAUUAAUUCGGACCAACAGUGGGAAACUUUCAGCAUACUGCGACAACUAAAGAUUUAGUUGCCAAAGUCCUAAGCCCUAAAUAUUAUAAUAUUCAGCAAUAGUCUACUGUAAGAAAAUGUGAUUUUUUUAUAACCAAAUUUGAUGAUUUAUUUAUUUUAUUUGGUCAUAAAAUCAUAUUUCCUUUAUAACCAUCAACAGGAAGUCAUAAAUGUAUUUUUGUCUGAUCAUCAUAAUCAUUUAUUUUGGUUAUUUAGAACCAAAAUAAAUGAAAUUAGAGUAAAAUCUAAAAUAUUCAGGUAAUGGUGUCCACCUGAAACUUGCUACAUCAUCUACACAAAAAAUUAACGUAAUUAUACCAAAGAAAAAUAAGCUAAUCGUUUAGCGCAGAACGGUUUGUUAAAGCUAACGACGCCUAAAAUGACUUUACCUGACAGUUAAAUUUGAAUUAUAAAGUUGAUAACACUUUAUGAAAUAUAGUUUGUUUUCUUUACUUUAUGACCAGUUCUUCAGUCAGUGUCUGAAUGUUUAGCAUAGCUAUCCCUAGCUUGUGCUAACUACUUAGCAGCUAACAAGCUAACGUUAGCAUACGUGAAAAAAGUUGUUCUGUGAUGUGAUUAUUACUGUGACAUUAUCAUUAUUACACUGCAAAAUAUUUUCUUUCAUCCUGAAUACGAGGUUCGUCGAGGUCGGAUCUGGUUGUUGUUGGUCUGUAGUUCAAAAUGGCCGUCCUGUAGUUUAUUCUGUAAACUGGGUUAUUGCUCUGGCCUGGUGUUUGGAUUAAAAACGUAGCCCAGCAGGUUUCUGUGUGAACAUUUCUCUUAGGUGAAAAUUUGACAAAAUCUAAAGUUUUUUUCAACCAGCAGAAAUUUAUCAGAAAGUUUUUGCAAAAUAUAGUGUUAAGAUUUUAUCCUUUAAGAAAAGCAUUGUGCCAAUACAACAAAAUAAUGAUGUAUUCUGUAGUAUUGGUUUACGAGGAAGUGAACAGAUGCAGAUCUGUUCUGUGUGUAGAGAUAUAGAUGAAAAUCAUUUUGUAAACUGAACAGAAAAUACAAAAGUUUUUGACCUUUUUGCCUAUUGAAGGAAAGUUAUUAUUACGCAAAAUAACAUCAUCUUCAUAAAUUAGCGUCUGAGUUGAGGUACUUCAUAAUUCCGUUUUCAUUCAAAUCCAUCAUUUUAAUUUCUGUUAAAUUUGUUUUAUAUGUGAUAUGUUUGUUAUUUAUGUUAAUUUAUUGUUCACCAGCUUCGUCUGACGUUAGCAUAGCUCUAAACACGAUCCAGGAAAAGCACAAACGGCAUCAGCACAUCAAGUCUUAUGUCACUCUGACGGACUCUUAAAUAAACGAGCCGACAAAUCAAUUAACUGGUGUAUUGUACAAACACACAUAGUUUUAUUUUUAGUGGCAUGUUCACAUAUAUUCACAUACUUAGAUCCCAGAAUAAAUGCUAAAAAUAAAGAAACGUCAUUGGUUUAGGCCACAGGAUGGUACUGCGUGGUGUAAAGGGAAAAACAAGUUAGUUUUUGACUUUUCAUUGAUUUGUCAACUGAUUUAUUUGUGAAACUGAACUGUUUUAAAAAAUCCUGUACAUGUGGAAAUGUUGCAUAAUAAAACGUAGGAGUGUUGA